AUGUUAACAAUUAUUAGCAAGCCGCAUUCCAGUAGAGCCCAGGAAGAACACGUUGUUCACCCCACUGACUCCCUUUACUCUAUAAGGCGUGCCCUCGCGAAUUUGGAUGGUUGUGUCCCAAAUGAGUCAGGCGAGAAAGCAGAGUACAAUGGCGUGCCCCAGGAGAAAGAAGACAGCGAAGAUGGUGUGCCCCCAGAGAAAGAGCACAGCGGAGACAGUGUUACCGAAGUGGUCAAUGAAGAUAAGAGUGGUUCUGAAAAGGGAGAAUUAAGAAACUUGUCAAACGAAAAUCUACGAGCCGUAAUCAGAAAGGGGAGAAGUGCGAGUGGGAAUCUUAGAGAAGGUGAAAGACGUGGCUUUCCGGGUGACCAAAGCUCUCAGCAAACUCACGACACCAAAAUGGUAAUUUCUAUUACCUCUGACGAAGAUGAUGCAUCGUCGUCAAGAAAAAAGUCAAAGAAGCUAAAAAAGUCGGUGAAGUUGAACAGAAGAGCGCUACCAUUCCAGUUUCCCAAUCUUGAACUUAAACCUCUUGAUGCACAGCGCCGUCAUAGUUUCCAUAUUUUAUAUCUACUGUGUUUUUUUUUGGUUCCAGAAAAUGUUAAUGGUUGCCCUGUAUUUCGUAGAGGCAAGAGAGGUUUCAACAUUUUGGACAUCUUGGAAGUGUGUGUUGGCGAGAAAGUACCAUCCAGCCGGAUUUGCCACACAGUACCUCAGGCAGUGCGAGAAAAUGUUGUUUUUGUGAUUGACAUAAAGAAUUAUGUAGACCAUCGCGAUUUGACUGCAGAUGACAAUGGCGUGUAUAAGAAGCAUUCAUCCCCAUGUGAUAUAGUCAGGGCUGUUUUUCGGGAAAAUGGCGCUGUUGAUAGCUUGAAAACAGCUCAUCCAGAAGAGUGUAAUGUUGAUGGGCAUGUUUAUAAAGUGCGAAGGCAGUACAGUUGGCACCAUACUUCAAAAGAGUUUUGUCGAAUAGUAGCCAAAGUGGAAACUGAGGGCGUGCUUGCAAGGUAUGCUGUCGUGCAGUACAAAGCUCCACCGGAUGCGAGUUCGCUAUCCUUAAAAGCGCACGGUAACUCCCACAAGAAAAGUGAGCCGUAUUAUCGUACCAAACCAAGUGUGAUACGGAAAGCGAAAGCCGUAGCUCAAGCAAGUGAGACACCAAAGCAUGUUAUCAGCGCCAUAGAAGAGGAAGCUGGAGGUGUUCUCAACGUGAGUUCACCAGCGGACAUAAUCCGUAAUAGAGAGCAGGUAUACAACGUUUGCCGAAAUUUGGAAGGGCGGAAAAAAAGUCGGAACACUGGCCCGCCACGCCGACCAGAUUUUGUCAAACUCAUGAAUUUAAUACAGCAUGAUGACUUCCUUCGGGACGUCUCCUUUGGAGUGAAAUCAAAGCCUCCUNAAAAGCCAAAUUGGGAUAGACAUGACUUAUAA